AUGCUGCCUAUAUUUGAUAAUUAUGGGGAGAAUGAAGAAGAAGAGAUCACAUGGAGUGACCAUGGAGAGUCCUUGGAGAUGGUUGAUAAACUGAAUUUGAAGACUGAAAAGAAGCCAGUCUCGUACAAGCUGUCUUGGGUCAAAAAAGGGAAUGAAGUCGUGGUGAAUCAACGCUGCCUAGUGACAUUCUCCAUUGGGCAAAAGUAUCAGGAUUCUCAAUGGUGUGAUGUAAUUCUAAUGGAUGCAUGCCACAUACUAUUGGGGAGACCUUGGCAAUUUGAUCGCAAGGCCACACAUGACGGAUACAAAAAUACAUAUACCUUCAUCAAAGAUGGUACGAAGGUUAUUUUAGGUCCCUCCCAAUCCGAAUUUAAUGUCAAAUCCACGAAAAUUGGUGCUGGAAGCUUUCUAACCAAAGGAGAAUUCCUAAAAGAAGCGGAGGAGAGUGGUGAUAUGUACAUGUUGAUGGUGAAAGAGUCAAAUCCAGAUGUUCUUAAUUUUCCUAAAGAAUUAACACCUCUCUUGCAGGAAUUCAAUGAUGUUAUUCCUGAAGAAUUACCUGCUGGGCUACCUCCUAUGCGAGAUAUCCAGCAUCGCAUAGAUUUGAUUCCAGGUUCAACUCUCCCAAAUAAAUCUCAUUAUCGGAUGAGCCCAUUAGAGUACGAGGAGCUAAAUAGGCAAGUGACAGAAUUGUUGAAGAAAGGGGUUAUCUGA